UAAGUGCAGGUCUGCAUGCAACUCCCUGGUCAUGCAGACAGAGUCUGGUCUCAGUCUGGGCCAUGCUCUUUGCAAGCCCCCAGGGCACCUCCUGAGUCCCUGGAAGCUGUUUCUUUUAUUGCUUGCAGUAACAGAGAUUUGUAGGGACCUACAACUGCAUCAAGUUCUUUCUGCUCUGCAAAAAUAUAAAUGUAAAAUGGCACCCGUAGUUUCUUGCAAAGCCUUGGGGGGCUCCAAAGUCUUUGGGGGUUCAGUAUAUCACCACCACACACCUUUUCACCAGCUCAAGCUCCUGGUCUUUCAUAGUGUCCUGAAUUUACAUUAGUGAAUUUACAUGGUGUCUGUGCAUUAUCAAGAAGUGGAAUUGACUGGGACAAAGAACACUUGUGCUAUGCAACCCUCAGCUGAACAUGGCCAGAUGAGAAACAAGAAGCUGGUCUCUCUGAAGCUUUUCUCAUUUCUAAGGGUGAGGAGUUAGCUCAGAGCAUCAUCCCUCAGUGACCACGGUGCACCCAGCUGGCCGGCUGCGGGGGCUGCACAUCCCUCGGCUGCUCCAGGAGACUUUGUUGAGUCUUCCCCAGGCUCCUCAGUGUGAAGUGCUGAUAUUGACGUGAGCCCAACAGGAAGUGUGACCUCAAAGAGUGCCUGUCAGCCUUUGGUUCCGCAGGCUGUUUUUGAAAGAAAACAAGGGUGUUGGUAGCGCUGACUUUCCCAAGAACUUCAUGCUCUGCUAUUCUAGGAAACAUCCAAAAGCACAAAAGACUGCAGAAGACAGAACUCUGCAAAUGCCUGACCCAGGACAGCGUCGCUCAGAAGCAGGGGGAGAUGGGCUUUCCCUUCUUAAGUGACUUCAGCACCUGUUGACGUUCUGACAUUAUUUUCAGCUGAAGAGCUGCUAAGUCCUGGAUCGCUCCUCUGACUGUCACCUGCAGGAAGCUUCAGAUACCAAAAAUCUGUGAAGUUUGAACAAGCAGCCUUUCCAAGAUGUACCGACUAUCUCAAGUGAUGUCAACACCAGUAGCAAGUACACGUUCUUCCAGGUCUGGGUCUGAGAGAGAAUAUUCUGGAGAGUUGUCCCCCACAUGCAUUUUCCCAAGUUUUGCCUGUGGGUACCUGGACAAUGACAGUUCCUUUGAAUGCUGCUCCAUUGACCCCCUGACGGGCUCCUACCUUACCUGUCGCCGAAGUCCCAGACUCCUUACCAAUGGCUACUACAUUUGGACAGAAAACAGUUUCCUCUGUGACGAAGAUGGCAACAUAACUCUGAGCCCAUCCCAGACCAGUGUUCUGUACAAGGAGAACUUAGUUAGAAUAUUUAGAAAGAAAAAGAGAAUCCGCCGUUCCUUCUCAUCUCUUUUUGACCUCAGUGCCUCUGAAUCCUGGCUGUGUGGCAGUAUCUUUGGUGAUGCUGACUCUUCUCUGAGUGAGGACAUCUGGUUGGAGGGGGUCAGCAGGCUGGACACCCACCACUGCAAUAAGAAUGGAGGCAAUUUUGACUAUUCUCUGACAGAUGACCAAGAGUUAGAGAAGCUAGACACCGCAUUUGUGAAAGCUUCCUCCUCCAGCCACAUCAAAUCUCCAACGUCCAGAACAGACUCUCCCAAGUCUUCUCUUCACUCUCAGUCAAUGGCUUCUGAACAUUUCCAAGGGAAUCUCUGGGAUCAUUCAAAAACCAGUUUGUUACGAGAGAUUUCCUUUCAAGUAAUUCUACUUGUUGCCUGCCUAAUCAUUUCUGCCUGUGCCAGGUGGUUUCUGGGAGGAAUAUUAGCCAGUGUCUUCACCUGCUCUUUGACGAUAACUAUUGUUUAUAUCAUCAAAUCAUUGUUUCUCAGCCUUGCCAGCUAUUUCAAAGACACCUCCUGUGCUCGGUUUGCUAAAAUUUGACAACCAUCUAGAAGUACCGCGGAUGAAUGUCCG